AUGGGAGCUGACACAAAGCCUACCCCAGCACCGGUUGCGUACCUUGAUUCCACAGAGAUCUACUUCCCCAGCUCCAUUGCCGGUCAGUUAACCCACACCCAUCCCGAAGAUGGCUCGGGGAACAACAUCACCGGCGCUCCAUCACCCUUGACGCUCGACAACCUCAACAGUCUCAACAAUUUCGCGUCGGGUGGUACGGACGUGUACCUCACAUCGGACGAAGGCAUCGAGGCUCUCCCGUCGUGGUUCCGCGGCGUCGAGCCAGAUUCUACCGGCUCGACAGGCCCCACGAUCGCGAGCCUGAUCAUCACCGUCUCCAAGCCCAACAACACCCUCGACGCGUUCUACUUUUACUUCUACGCCUACAACCAGGGGAACUGGGUCUUGAACCUGCCCUCGCUCGAGUUCGGCGACCACGUGGGUGAUUGGGAGCACACGAUGGUCCGCUUCGUCAACGGCGCCCCCCAGGCGAUGUGGUUCAGCCAACACACGUCGGGCGAGGCAUUCACCUACUCGGCCGUCCAGAAAUACAACAACGGCGACCGACCCGUCGUGUACAUCGCCAACGGCACACACGCCAACUACGCCAUCCCCGGCACGCACGACCACACCAUCCCGGGCCUCAACUCCCCCAUCGGACCGCUGGAGGACCACACCGACGCCGGCGUCUUCUGGGACCCCUUCGUCGCGAGCAUCCCCUACACUUACAGCUAUGACAACUCGACCGGCGUCUUCACCGCGUACAACGGCCAGGACCCCACGGGCUACCUAGACUUCGCGGGCCAGUGGGGAGACAACCAACUCCCGGACAGCACGCCGGGCCAGGUCGACGUCUUUGGAGAGCGCAAGUACGUCGCCGGUCCCACGGGGCCCAGGGACAAGGAUCUGGGCCGAACCAAUGUCUGUCCCGACGGCCAGAGCUGUGAUGUCUUGAGCAUUCUGCUGCCUUGA